CAUCCUGGUCCCCUGAGGUCUUGGCACCCGGCCCUCAGCCGGGGUUAAACAUUAGUAGCAGAUUAUCAGUCCAGGGUCCGGGGAGGGUGGAAUUCCACUUUCCCAGCGUCUCCUCUGCUGGAGCCACCUGUGCCCACCCCUGCCAGACAUGCCCGCGGAGGAGUUUGUGGCCGGCUGGAUCUCUGGCUGUGAGCCCUGAGGCCAGCUGCGCUGUCGCCCUGGCCCAGCAUCUGAGUGACAUUCCUCUUUGGGAGAAAGAGACAUCAGAACUCGCCUUCCGGGGUUGUGACCUCUCCAAAGCUCCAGGACCAGCUUCUGCUAAGUAGGGCAGGACCAGGAGGAGCUCUGGGCUUGGUCCUGGGACACCCCUUUGAUACUGUGAAGGUGCGGCUGCAGACCCAGACCACGUACCGGGGCAUCGUCGACUGUAUGGUCAAGACUUACCGCCAUGAGUCGCUCCUGGGCUUCUUCAAGGGGAUGAGUUUCCCCAUCGCCAGCAUAUCUGUGGUCAACUCCGUCCUGUUUGGGGUCUACAGCAAUGCCCUGCUGGCGCUGACAGCCACCUCCCACCAGGAACGGCGGGCCCAGCCGCCCAGCUACACACACGUCUUCAUAGCCGGCUGCACCGGGGGGUUCCUGCAGGCCUACUGCUUGGCUCCUUUUGAUCUCAUCAAAGUCCGGCUGCAAAACCAGACAGAGCCCAGGGAGAAGCCGGGGAGCCCCCCACCGCGGUACCGGGGCCCCGUUCACUGUGCCGCCUCCAUCCUCCAGGCCGAGGGGCCCCAGGGGCUGUUCCGGGGAGCCUGGGCCCUGACUCUGAGGGACACCCCCACCCUGGGAAUCUACUUCGUCACCUACGAAUGGCUGUGUCGCCAACUCACACCGGAGGGCCAGAACUCCAGCUCAGGCACAGUGCUGGUGGCAGGGGGCUUUGCCGGCAUCAUCUCCUGGGUCGCCGCCACCCCGUUAGACGUGAUCAAGUCCCGGAUGCAGAUGGCGGGGCUGAAGCAGAGAGCCUACCUGGGGCUGCUGGAUUGCAUAGUGAGCAGUGCCCGGCAGGAAGGACUGGGGGUCUUCUUCCGGGGGCUCACCAUCAACAGUGCCCGCGCCUUUCCAGUCAACGCCAUCACCUUCCUUAGCUACGAGUACCUCCUUCUCUCCUGGGGGUGAGCCAGGCUGGGUGACUCUGGCAGCUCCCCGGCAGGACCACCGCCCACCUACCCAGACUGGAGGCCAGGCUGAGAGCACUGGCUUGUGGGUCUGAUGCAGAGGGUGACUUUAUCAAGUCACCUCCAUUGCUCAGAUCAGACGGGGCUGGGGAGAUGGCAUGGGACCAGGAAGCCUGGGGUCCCUGGCGCGCCCCUCCCCUCCCUGCAAAGUCCAAGGCUGGCCCGGGCCUCUCAGCAGCACGUGCCCUGAUUCCUUUGCUUCCUGAAUCUGAGAAGUUAACUCAGAGCCAGCAGUGCUGGUGACAUUCCGCUCCCCCCAGAUCCUGUGACUUCGCCCCUUUAAGAGCUGCUUGGUGCUAACCACCCUCCCUGGAUUCGAGUGAGGAGAUCCUCAUUCACUCCCCGCCUCACUUCCCUUCAAACCUCUCUGUGCAGGACUUGAGGGUAGCCUUUAUGCCUCCUCUAGUCCAGAAUCCUUCAGUGACUCCGUCACUUUCAGGAAAAGGCCCCCACCCCAUCCCCUGCCCCCCAACUUUCCUCUCCCUCCCUUCUCAGCAGCCCAGUCCUGCUUGAGGUCCCUGAACAAGCUGUACUCUCUCAUGGCCUCCCACCUAGAAGGUUCCUUUCCUCUCAGUCAGCAGUGGGCAGUGCUUGCAGGCUGACUCCCCCAUCCCAGGGCUGAGCUACCUCCAACCUGGGCCAUGUGCUGUCUCCUGAAGUCCUUCCUCAGCUCGCCUCCCCCUGCCCGGAACUGACCCUGAGGUUUCCAGACCUUUCUGCUCAUCCCCAUGCCUCGAUCACAGCCUUGGCCUGUACUUAAUCAUGGUUGCGGGUUUGCUUCUUGGCUUCCCAAUUAGACUGGGUGCUCUUUGAGGUCAAGGGUCAUAUUUCUGGUUGUUUCCCAGCACGGAGCCCCAUGCUUGAAGGAACCUGAUAAAUGCUUGUGAAAUGAAGUGCACGCCCAACCUCCAUCCACCACUCCAACCACUACAUCCCUGCCCCCCCGCCCCCCACACCCUCUUACUCCUUCCACUGAGAGAGCCCCUCACCCGGCCCCUCUUGGGGUCUCCAGCGGUGCAGUGUCUGCCUUGCCCACUCCCAUCGAGGGCACUUGUUUUCUUCACAAUCUCUAUUGCCAAGGGGGAGUUUAAAAACU